CUCAGCUUCAGAACGAGAUGAAAGAGAAUCUAGACGCGUUCCAUGGAAGGUCGAGUCCUGUCGUUGGACGCCCUAACAGGCUUGGCGCGUUGAACGGUGCCAGUGUUGUUGCGAGGAGGGAGGAGGGGAGUGAGGAGGACAUGCACUUGCCCUCGCCUAUCCACUCUGAUGACGGUAGCGGUCGAGCGUUACUGUCGCCUGGCCAUAACGCAGCACCUGGUUCAGCUUCUGCUCCGGUUUCGCCCAAGGAGAGCAAGAAGCUCAUGCAACCCCCUCAGCUCGCUUGCCAUUUCAUCGCCAAAACUCUUCGUCUUGACUUCGUUUAUAUUCUUCAUCUCCUGACUGAGGUUCGUCCAGUUUCUUCGGGUCCAGAAGGCAAGAAGCAGCGUGUCAAGACUCAUGUUCUUGCGUCCGUUGGUAUGCCAACUCCUCCGCCCGUCUUUGACACGGGCCUUCAUGUCCGUACACUUCGCUCGAAUGGCGGAUUGAACUAUCAAAAUGAGGACGAGGACAGUGAAACGAAUGUCAACCCCUUCAAAGUCGGUUUCUUGAUGCCCCUCUGGCAAGAUGCCCCUGACAGCGGAGUUGUUCUUUGUGGAUUUUCCCGAGGCCACCGUGCUACUGGAUACGGGUUUACCAGUGAUGAGAUCAAGUAUGUGAAGGAGUUCGGGCAGACAUUGAAGAAUAUUCGUGACGGGUAGGUUCGUGCUUGAUCCGUCUCUUUGAGGAUGGGUGUAUCUAUGUUAGGGAGCUGGAAAUUGGGGCGUUUGCAUCUUGCUAUUUUGGUCUAUAAAUACUACCAGGGUCGUGUCCUCAAUCGUGAGAGUCAAAUUGGACGAACUAUUUUUGAAAUACAGUAAGAAGCACUCC